AUGUCCGAUCAAGCGAUCCUCCGUAUUACAAGGGAAAUCAAGCAGAUACAACAAGGCGCAGACUUGUCUCUGGCUGUGACUCACGAUGAUUCUGACAUCCGAACUGUCCACGCCCUCAUUCUCGGACCGCCAGAGACCCCUUACCAGUUCGGUUUCUUCGAGGUUCGACGGUGCCGGUUCAACCCUAAUAUCUAUGCUUCGGGCAAAGUCUGCUUCACUUGGCGCGGGGAACCUGGAGAGGAGUGGUCCUCUGCACAAGGCCUGGAGUCUAUCUUGAUCUCCAUUCAAAGUCUACUAUCUAACAACCCUUAUGAGAAUGAACCUGGGUACGAUAAGGCACAUACAGCAGAGGAUAAGGAGUGGAAGAUUCGCCAUGAGAACCUCAGAAUUGCAGUCAUUGAGCCUUUGGAGUUGUCUUUGGGUAUCCUGCCAUAUGGAAGUACAAGCACAAUUGCAGAACCAGCAUCUAAGGGCGAUGAAGCUGACGAAGAAGAUCAAAUACUGAGCGAAAAUGACAAACCUGUUGUUGAUCGAUUCGCAGACCUUCGCAAAAGACGAUUCUUAUGGUAUUUCGAUUCCUACAUCCAAACGAUUGAUGCUGCAGACUCAGAUAUCUCUCGAAAAUGCAAAUUCCAGACAAUGCCUUUCGAAAGCCCGGGCAAUACUAUGGAUGGCCACUUCGAUUACCCUGAACUAAGACGGCGGGUAGUUUUGCUCAGGGAGAAAAUCAUUUGUGAGACACACAAUUGGUUACUUGAGGGAAUUGGUGUCAAGGAACAGGAGCUGAGCAUCGCAUCAAAUCUGCAGCGCCAGUAUGAACAGAUCGUUGAGGAUCUCAAGCGUCAGAAAAAUUUCGCUGUUGAUCUUGAGCUUGCCGACACGAAUCCUUUCCUUUGGGCAUUUACGUACUUCGGUAGGCCUAUGAGCCACUUGGACGGUGGUAUCUUCCGGUUUAAGAUCUACAUCAGCCCACGUUUCCCAGAAGAACAGCCUCGCGUCUUUAACAGAUGA